AUGACUGUUUCAAAACCAGCUCCUCCAACUCCUCCUUCACAUCCUAGUUCAGUUCCUCCUGCUGGUCCUCCUGUAGGUUCUCCUGUAGGUCCUUCUUCAGGUUCUUCAGUUUUUCUGAUAGCCCUGAUCUCUGCUGCUGCUGGAUCUCUGCUGUUUCUUGUUGCUGUCGGGAUCUUCUGCAUCUGCAGGAAACAAAGAAAGACUGAUCAACAUGUUGAGACCCGUGAAGACGACAUCACUUACGCUGAUGCAACAUUCAACAAAAGAAAAGCACAAAAUUCGAGAGUUAAGCAGGAAGAUGAUGUAACGUGACGCUAGUGUCCUUCACAGACGU